AACACAUCGACUUCAAAAAAUUUGCACUCGCAAUUGUUGGUUGAAUUAAAUUGAAAAUAAGUGGAUCUUAUAUUUCCAGUGAUCGAAAACAAAAAUUCAUCAAUUUAAAAACAUCUUUUAAACUGGUUUCGGUGUAAAUAUUGUCUCUUUCAUACGUCGCAAUUGUACGCGUUUGUUUAUUUACCUGACGAUAUUAAUAUAUUCGAACAAAUCGAAUUGCUUGUGAUAAAAUGCUUCGAUUCAUAAAUGUACUCCUGCUUUCAUUGUUAUCAAAUGGCUGGUUGCCAAUAGUUAAUGCGCAAAUGGUUUUUCCCGAACCGGUAAUGGCGAAUGGUUCGCAACUUUCACGUUCUGGAUUUCCAUUGCUGUCGGCAUUUCCAAUCUACAAUCCAUUUCAAGCUGUAGUUCCAGGCCAAUUGGUUACACCACCAACAUAUGCAGGUGCCGUGCAAACGUGUAUUUGUGUACCGACAGGACAAUGUACUGGAACAAUCGUGCCAUCAACACCAGUCGAUGGAUCCGGCCUUAUUGAUAUUCGAAUCGUGAAUAAUCCCACGCCAAGUCCAGCUGUUCCAACGGCACCAUGUUAUGCUGGUUUGCAACGUUGUUGUUUUUCCGGGCCCUAUCGGUGUGGCGUAAGAUAUCCGCCGGUAGCUGGUAGUCCAGCGGCUGGACCAGGCCAGGCACAAUACGGCAAAUAUCCGUGGCAAGCAGUUUUGCUCGGCACUGGCGACGUUUAUCAAGGUUCAGGUGUUCUAAUUGAUGCACUCAACGUUCUUACUGUGGCUCAUAAAGUUGCCAAUUAUUCAGCGGUUCCAAAUCAAUUGCGUGUACGAAUGGGUGAAUGGAAUGCGGCCGGCGAUACUGAACCAUUGCCAGCUCAAGAAUUUGUGGUGUCCAAAAUAUUUGUUCAUCCCAGUUUCAAUCCAACGAAUUUGAUGAACGAUGUAGCCAUCUUACGACUCACCGUUGCAGUUCCAUUGGGUCAAUUGCCCACAAUUACAACAGCUUGCUUACCUAUUUCAUCAUAUGUUGGCACACGAUGUUGGGUCAGUGGUUGGGGUAAAAAUGAUUUUAACGGCGUCUAUCAAACCAUUCAAAAAGAAGUUGACGUUCCGAUUUUGGAUGCAGCAAAGUGUCAAAGUGCAUUAGCAGCAACGCGAUUAGGAAGCGCAUUUGUUUUUGAUGGAAAUAGUUUUAUUUGUGCCGGCGGUGAACAAGGGAAAGAUGCUUGUACUGGCGAUGGUGGUUCUCCUUUGGUAUGCGAAUUAAAUGGGCAAAAUUUUGUGGCUGGUUUAUCUGCAUGGGGUAUCGGUUGUGCCACGUCAAACGUACCAGGCGUCUAUGUCAAUAUCAAGACAUAUACACCAUUCAUUCAGUCCAGCAUUCAGUCUUCAUAAGCUUCAUUUAAACUGUUUCACACCACUUCUACCAUUUGAUGAACAAUAAUCGUUUUUUGCCUUUUAAAAAUUGUUUUAUUUGUAAUAAAUAUAUAAAAUAAAUACGAAACAAAGAAAUAA